AGUGGAGACGUUGAAGACUUGCCCUGCUGGUGGACUGGAAUCCAGUCUGUCACAAUGAAAACGUGUUUACACAGUGUGUCAAUAAAAGACUAAGCACCGUCACGGGAACUCUCCCAGCCUGGUAGUUAAGUUGUUCUGGGAAGGGCAGAGGGCGGAUUCGUACGUAUUUAGGCAGAGGGAAUUGGAUUGUGCUCUCCAGCUUUCUGGAUGAGUAAACAAACUCCUAAGCCACUCUAUGAAAGAUGUCACCAGUUUGGUGGCUAGUUCCUCAGUGUGUUUUUUCCAGCUGAGACUGGCAAGUUUGGCCCUGUUUAGCAUUUCUGGAAUGGCUGCAAUUUGCUAAUUUUGGGACACUUGAUACAAAAAACAAACAAACAAAAAAACCAACAAAACAAACUCUUUCCUGCUACAGCCUUUGCAGAACAAGAAUGUUGGGUUUUUUUCUUUUUCUUCCCUGUAGUUAUUAAAACAGAUCCAGCAAAGAAAAGUGAGAAAAUUGAUUAUCCAGUUUAUCUGGAUUGGAGACAGGUCUUUUUCUCAUAGGUGUUUGUUGUUACCAAUUUGAGUGAAUAUUCUGUAACAUAGGAAAAGUCCUUUAUCAUCCUGGGCAAGUUUGGUUCAUUGCCAUAUCUUGUUUUUAUCUUACUCCAAACUUUUCCAAAGUCCACAGUAUCUUCUUUAUUGUAUACACAUUGUCAUAAAAAAAACCCCAAACAAACCUAAACCUACUUACAAUCCUAUUUUCCUCGUUCCUGAAACCUCCUAACCUGGUUGACUCGUUGGAGUGCAUUUCAUGCAUUCUUAGCAGAUAGGCUGAAGGAAACGCCUUGUUCCGCGCUGCUGGAGGCUAGAAAGUGUGGGGAGUUCAUGAACGUGGCUUGUCUUCUGCUGCAGUCGCUGCAGUGCACACAGAGCUGGCUGGGCCCAGGAAGGAUCCCAGCCUGCUAGACACAACAUGAGUGUUCCACAUCUGGAAAAUCUGACUGACAGUGAGUUAAGGUGAAGCAACUAAUUACUCUUAGAAGGCUUUUUGUUUUGGAGAUCUGUGCUGACAGUCAUUAAGAGACUCUUGGUCAUUGAAAAUGGAAGAAACAAGGAAGUUUUCCCCAAAACUGAGUAAAAGCAAAGAGCCUGUGAAAACAGAAUGGGGAUCUCAGAGCGUGGUGUUCACCUAUUUCCAAGGGGACAUUAACAGCAUGGUAGAUGAACAUUUUUCUAGAGCUCUCAGCACUGCCAAGAACCCUCAAGACCUGAGCACAAAGCACAAAGUAGACAGCAUGUCUCCCCAUCAGUGGAAUUUCUCUUCGCAUUGCUACAAACCAUAUCCAUCAUCUUCAACCAGCAUGGCAAAUUCUGCUCUGAAUUUUUCUGCUGCUGGUGUGGUAGGCCAGUGCCAGCCAUCAUCUCUGCGGAGUCGUCCAGCUCAGCCUACAGAUUUAUGGCCCUUCUCUCCAACUGGGACUCCCAGUGUCACUGGUCCAGUGUAUCCUCACACCCUUCCUGACCUGCAUGCAGCUGAUGAGCUGAUCUCUGACAGGAAAUACAGUUCUCUUCUUGGCCUUCUGCAACAGGAAAGAUGCUUAACAUCCAUGCAAGAAUGCACCAUGAAGCAACACUCAAGUUCUGCUUGUAUGACUGGACCUGCGAGGUUACAAAAUAUGAGUCAAAGUUCAGCUCCUGGGGGAGAGAGAAAAGCAAGUUCUUACCAAGGCUCAGAAAAUCCCAGUGUAAGCCAUGCCACUGCAGGCAUUCAGAUUCAUGACAGAAGACGGGAUGUGUACUUCUAGCAACUGAAUGUUUCUACUUUGUUUUGAAUGAGAAAGUUAUUUCUGUGAACUUUUAUUAUUUGCAACUGUGAAUCAAGAAGAAAUGAACUGCAGCUAUCCUGUGUUUUUCUCUCAGCUGGAAGAAUACUGUUUGGGGAAUGACAAAACAAUCCUUUUCUAUACAGUAAAUAAUUUCUAAUGUUUGUGGUAUUAACCUGGGCAGUAUGCUUGUUGUGGCCGUAGAUUGGCUGUUUAAGGCUUUUCAUGUAACCCUCUUGAAAGGACUCCAGGCCUUUUUAAUCUUUGUGUUCAUUAAUUUACCAUCACCUGAUAAGAAGUACAAUUCUUAUCAAUGCAGCUGAUAACCCAUAAGUGCAGGGAUGCAGUUAGCAUAAAUUCAAUGCUGCAACUUCUUAGCUUGAUUUGAGAUCUCCAUAUUGUUUAAAACAGUCUUAGGCCACUGGCAAGAGACUUCAACCACAGGCCAGCAAAGCACAUAAUUUAUGUUUUGAAAGUGCUGCAAUUUAUGGCCAUACUUGCAGUUUCUAGAAGAUCUGUAAUAUACUUAUGCCUGAAGGUUCUAUUUUGCCCUCUCACUAAUGUAUCAUCAUCUUCUGGAAAGCAAUGAAUUCAUAGUAGCUCUGAGAGGAAAUCUUGAUUCUCAUUGGGUGCGAUUACAAUACCAUUCAGCAAAAACCUGCAGGUAGGAUGUUCUAUUUUCCCAGCCUCUGCAGGUGUAAGAGAUUCUUUUUGUAAAUAAGCUCUGUGGGUUUAUCUUUCAUUGUCCAUUAGUUAUACAUUAAUAUAAUAUAAUAGAGCAUGAUUAGCUUUUUCUGACAGCUCUAUGUAGUUGCUGAAGGCAAUCUGACCUUUGAGAUAGCAGAGCUUGUGAUUUUUAUAGAACAAAUUCUGAGCUGGUAUAAAUGUUUAUGACUGUUACAUCAAAUAUCUCUGCUGCCACAACUCCAGUUAUAACACCUUGCAUAAUUUUAUAAAUAAUACAAGUUUAGCCACAUCAGGUAUUUAUGGUACUUAUUUACAAACUGAGAUUUUUUAAAGGAAUUCUUUUUUUAAUUUGACAAGUUUGCUCUAGCAGUCACAUGUUCUACAUCAAUCUGAGAUCACAAGGGGAAUUGUUUCAACUAAACUAAUAAAAGACACAAAAAUGUCCUGUCUCACUAUAGAUGAGCGCUGGAAAAAAAAAAAAAACCACUCCUUUUUAAUAUUUCUACAAAAAAAAAAAAAACAUUUCUUCUCUUUUAAGUUUACAAAUACUUAUCCAAGUAGUUUUGUUUCGUUAUGCCAAGUCACUUAAUUACCUGAUUUUUAAGGCUACAUGGUAAUAUAAUUUGACUUCCUCUAUGAGCCAAAGCAAAGAUUUCCAACCUGUAUUGUGUACAUCUGUCUUACUGGCAUGUGCUAUAAUUCUAGUGAAUUAUAAUUCUGUUACUUAAAAAUAUUGAUUUUUUUUCCCUCCCUCUUCCAUCCCUUCCAAAGGAAAAUGCUUAUAUAAUUUCUCUGCAAGGUCUGAAAGGACAGUCUAUUAAAAUGCUCUUAAAUGUAGUGCUUCCCUUGGGAGGCUGGAAAUAUUCAAGAUGGCUUAUAAAGCCCUUGGUUCUGGUGAAUCAGACAAGUGAGGUUGGACAGUGUGGGAGGACAAAAGCCCUUGUUUUUAAAUGGUGCCCCUUAUUGCAAGAACAUGAGGCAUCAGUGGCUCUGCCUUGACAGGGUCAUGCUAUGAGCCAUUGUUGCAAGGUUUGUGUCCACGUUGUCCAGCUGUCUGGCACACCUGGGGAAAGCGAACAAGUGUCCAAGUAACCCAAAGGUGUCUGGACCCCUUGCCAGUGCAGGUUCCACACCAGGCACACAGGUGCUUGCUCUCUUCCCUGGCUUUUAGAGGCAUGAGGAUGGAAUAGAGGGCUGUGGCACAGAGGCUCUGCUAGUCUGGCAUUUUGACUUAUACCACUACAGCACCAUGCACCAGAGUGUUCCUGGGUUUAUGACAUCUCACUGCUCUUCUGCAAUAAACAUAAUUAACCCAUCACUAUAAUUUGCCUUUAAUGAUUUAGCAUAAGAGAUUUUUGAACAUUUCACAGCAGUUUUCUACAUCAGGCAGGCUUUUCUUUAUACAUGUAUAGAUUAAAACAAUAUAGAUACACAUAUAGGCUUCUCUAGAACAUUGUUUAUCUGGAGUGCUUCUUGCAUUCAGGCCCAGGAUGUUGCUGUGUUCCUGAGCUGCCCUGCUGCUGUCGUGCUCCAGUGACUGUCUUCGCUCCCAUUCAGUGUGUACUCUCCUUGCUGGCAAGGACUUGGCAACUGGGAUGCUGCAUCCACCAGCUGCCAUCUGGUACUUUCCAGUUAUUUUCGGUCCUUCCUCUGAAUGUAGCGGUCCUGGAGGUCAUGGGAGAAGGGAUGCUGGAUGCUCUGCUUUCAACAGCUUCUAAUCCCCUGAAUGCCAAUGGACCUCUGCCAAGACCAUUCCAAAGGAUAGACAGGGGCCAGGUGUUACAUCCCUGUAAGUGGUCAAGAGGUGUGUGGAUGGGGGUCUCAGGGCUGUGGUUUAAUGGUGAACACAGGGAUGCUGGGUUAAUGGUUGGAUUUGAUGAUCUGGGAGGUCUUUCCAACCAUAAUGACUUUAUCAUUUUCUAUUAAUUUACUGACCCUGUGAGAAACCACUACUUGCCUUUAAUUGGAUGUUCUCUAGUCCAGGAAUAACUUGUUUGCACAGAUGGCUUUUCUCCUGUCUUUUUCUGAUGGAGAAAUGAGAUGCCAACUACAUCCUUUAUGAGCUCUGGUCAGAGAUUAAUGCAUCUCUGAGAUGCAUUAGUCUCAGAGAUUGAUGUCAAGCACUGGACAUACCUGCCCUGUGUGGAGUCUAGGCCUUUUUUUACUCAGCUGCAUUUUUUCCACCAUGGUGCAUUUUUUCCGCCAUGUGUGUCCCAGGACACAGACACUUUGCAGGCACUUUGCUCUGACUCCUCAUAUGAGCUGGCUCUGGUCCAGGUACUCCUCUGAUUGUCAGAAAAACCUUGUGGGUGGCUGGAGCAGCAAGCUGGCUUAGCUACUCCACCCCACUUUAGUCACUCAUUAGCAGUGUUAAAAAUAGUUCCAGACUGCUGUGACAAACAAGAGAGAUUAUUUUGCUGUGAAAGAAAAACCUAAAGUGUUAUAUAUAUUUUUUAUUUUUAAAAAAAUAGGAAUGCUCAUCCCUUUCAAAGGGAUUUAAUUUGCUUUAAUUUCUGUUCAGGUGUCAAUUAAUUUGUCUCAUCCCAGAUGAGCAAGGGACAUCUCAUGUAUCCAUGUGGCAUGUAGCCUUUGGUAAACACUCACUCAUCGCUGGAAUUUUUUACUGUCUCGUGGUUUUUAAUCCCCUUUUCUUGCAGGUUUUACCAAGCACGGCAGUCCUGGUCCAGGGUAAAAGUGUUGUUUCACCACUUUAUUCUGUUUUCCUGCAGUGUCUGGUUUAAAACAUUGCAUGUUUUGGGCUCAGGCCUCUAUUCCACUUAGCUGCUGACACACUGAGAGUUUGGUUUGGUACUCCUUUGAGCUAGCAUAUAUCAUUACUCUUGCAGGAUUUCAGCAGAAAACUGGUGCAAACUGGUGGUUUUUGUGCCUUGGUAUCUGGGAGGGGUUUCAGUAUCACAGGCCGUGUCAGAGGGCUGUGUGUUACUGGUCUGACAAUAUUGCUCACAAGCAGCUGCACUGUGGUCAUAUGCUACAGAUCAAAAUUUAUUUACUGAGGAGGAGCAAAACUAGCUGAGUGCUGGGCAGGCAGCAGCUGGGCUGUCCAGGACAGCACAGAGAAUGUUUUUAGAUGCCUGGAGGCAUAAUGGAGCUGGCUGAGCCAAUGUGAGCCAGCUCAGAUGCGGUGUUCCCCAAAACAGGGUCCAGCAGGAGUGCCUAGGGUCCCCUGUGAGCCACCAUGAACCUGGCUGAGCCCAGUGCCAGGAAUUCACUGCUGAUUCAUGCUGUCCCCCAGCCUGGUUUCUAGGUGGGGGUUAAGUUGGGUGCAGCAAAGCCCUGAGAAAAGUGGCUGCUUCCUUGACCUUCAUCCUCACCUCUUGUACCCGCAUCUCCUUCCAUUGCCCCAAGCCAGGAUUUGUGAGCGCUGGAUUUGUGUCUGACCAGGGAUAUUUGUGUUUUCCCCAUCUAUCUUUCUCCAAAAGGCUAAUGCUGGAAUCAGUGCAGGCUUAUAAAAAUAUUAUCAAGCAGCAUUUCAUUCUGGAAUGCAACAGUAUUACAGCUCCUGCUUAUGACCUUUCCACCUGAGAUAGGGAUAAAAUAACAGCUCUUUCCCACACAAAAAUAAAAAGCUUCUGUGCUCAGAAUUAUAAUGCAAUCAAUUAGCUCUCAAUACCAUGUUUUCCCAGAGCAAGGUGUCACUUUAGAAAGAUCCCUCUAUCAAACAGAAAAACAAAUUGAGUGGAUGGAAGGAAACUGAAUGUACUGAACACCCAAAGGGCAUCUCUGGUGUCUGACCGCAGCCUAAAAUAAUCCUGUACCAGCUGUCUGUUGGACACUGUCACCCUGAGCCUGGAGAGCAGUGCAGAAGCACCCAUGCUACAUGGGCUCCAUGUGAACUGCCCAAACAUCAUGAAGUCUCAAGCAUGCGCAGGAUAAAUGAUAUAUUAGAGAAAUUUGCCAUGUGCAUCACUGCAGCCAAGGAACAACGUGUGCAGUCUGGGUGCUGUGCUCAACCCACUCCAGGAGAAAACACAUCAGCUAAUUUGAAGUGAUUGGCAAUAAGGAAAAUCUUCCAGCUGGACUUUUUGAUGCAUAAAGUUUCUUGGUUUUUCUUUUCCAAGGUAGACAAAGUCGAUUCUAAGGAAAACUCCCUGGCUUUAGUUAAGCUGUCACAUAACUAAGACAUUUGAGGCAUGUGAUACUAUCACAGUUCCACCCCACAUUGUUUGUUGGUGCUGGAUUUGUGCCAUAUUUUAAGAAAAUAUUAGCAUGAAAACACUCUUUUUCCUCUCCUUUCCAAGGCUGCACUAAUGACUGCUGACUGCAAGUAUGCAAAGAACAGUGAGGCAUUAUUUUGCUUGCAAAUCACAAAGGGACUAUCCUAGAAAAACGGCAUUAAGGAUUGUGCCACUUGUGGGUGCCCAAAAACUGAGUUUGUUGCAUAGCACAAAGGUGAGUGUUUUACUAUGAGUAAAAGAGCAAGGGCAGGAGAGGCUGGGCCUGUUUCCACUAUGCUCCAUGCAGGAUUUAAGCACCCUCUUGCUGACAUCUACAUUUGCAAACAAAGCAUGAAAUGAUUACCCAACUCCUGCCCUGGAUGACUGGGAUUGUUUUUCUGGGUUUGUUCAAAUCUGUAGGACCAGGAUCAUGGCUGCACCACUGUUUCCUGCAAAAAAAAUUAUUACAGAGAAUUUGGUUUAUUAGAUAGAUUUAAGGCAUAAAAUCCACAUAUAUCACCUCUAAGGUGGUGCAAUGAACAGAUUUGGUCUGUGGCACUCCUUCCCCCUGUCCCACCCCCAGCCAGGGCUGAGAUGCUGAUAGGGCAUGAGUCAGGACAGGGCUGGAGGAUGAGCUGGGUCUGAAGAGGAGGCUUCUAAGUCUGCCCUUCAAAACACACUGCUGUGGAGCUUGUCUCGCAGAAACACCCGUGGCAUGGUGGGACAAUGGGGAAGAUCAGGAGGAAAAGUCACAGUGGAGCUCACACACAUGAGCAGACAGCAAGUCAGGGAUGAGUCUCAUCCCUGCAAGGCAUCCUGGGCAGCAUUCUCCUGACACAGGCCUUCACAGAAGCCUGUUGUCUGACCACAGACUGUGUAGAGGUAUCCCAAAAAGCAAUCACAUUUGUUUGGGGUUUGGUUUUUUUUUCCCCUUGCUUCACAGGAAAGCAGCCUGAAACUGCUGUUGAGAAAUGACAGUUUGGGAAGCAGCUCUGGAAUCAUCCUGCAGGGUGCUGAUGCUGCAGCAAGCUGCCAGGCUGCUCUGAUUCCAGGCAGUUUUCCCACACUGACAGGCUGCAGAGCACAAAACAACCGUGUAACAGUGACUAAUGAGAACGGCUGCCUGUCUUUAUGAAGAAGCUUGGGAAGGGAGCGGUUUCAGGGAAAUAAGAGCCUUCUCUAUUGCUCCUCCUUGACUGGGAAAAAUGUUUUCUGUGGUUUUGCAAACUAGGGAGCACAAGAGCCAGAUUUAUACCCCUGUGCAAAUCCACCCCCUGGUCUCUCGUACACACAGCUGCAGCACACACAAAAAUCUGCUUUAAUACAGACUGAAAAGCCCAGGAUUUCCUGGCCUGAUUCUGCCUUUUAUGCUUAUGAAGGCAGACACAGGCUCCCUCAGAUGCAGCGGAGCAUUAGGAGCUGCAGCUGUGGCAGUCCUGCCCAUGCCUCUGACUUCGUUUAAGUCAAUAAGAGCAGGAAUGUUGCACAUCUCUGUAGGCGUGAUCAAAGGAAGAAAUUAUUGUCCCUAGUCUCUCUGGCUCAGUUUGUGCAGUUCUGGGAUUGUGUUCAUCUUUUUUUAGCAAUCUUAAAAGGAUGGUGAGCAA